GAGGCCAUUGAGGCGGGCCAGCUUCGCGCAUCGCAGUUCGCGGCCGCGCGCGGCAAGUAUCUUGCCAACUUACGCGAGGACUGUUUCGUCUGCUGGAGCACUUGGGUCCCCGCCUUCCUCUUCAACUUCUCGAUCCUGCCCAUCCACGCUCGGGUGCCCUUCGUCGCCGUCGUCUCCUUCGGAUUCACAACCUACUUUAGCUUCCUGCGGGGGAAACCCCAGGAGCUGGCGGACAGCUGA